AUCCCGAUUCCCUCUACCUUCAGGCCAUCCCCCACGAUCCUGCGAGGAGUUCUUAAGGGACAUGCAUUUCCGUAUAUCCCUAUAGAUUUGCCCAGGUAGCGGGGACGGCAGCUGCCUCGCCAAGCGAACUCACGACAAAGAGACCUGAUUGGAAACCAAGGCGUUGCCGGAAACAUCAUACGAAGUGAACCAGGAAUGGCUUCAACUUGGCCUUCCAUCGGCUGUGGGAUUCCUGGCGGCUUUAGGCUGGCAAGAAAAACUCCAAUCCGCAGUGGCUAGGACUUCCAAAAACGAUCCUCGUUCCAUGUUAAGCAACACCUGGAUCAUCUACCUCCACUGGCGAUGUGCCUGGAAUUUCUUCUCUCUGCGCAAAGGGGGUGUGAGGCACGAGAGCGCAAAGCUUGAGAGAAUGUGGGGUCAAGUCGAUGUGGACAUGAUGCUCUUGGAGUACGGCAUGCUCGAAAAGGCAGAUCUAGAGGCCCUGUACUGUACAAGUUAUUCAACCCUCGCGGAUUUGAUAUCUUGUGGCUGGCUCUACGCGUUAGCAGUACUCAAUAUGUUCUUUGGGAUCAGACGCGAUAUCCGAAAAGAUCAGUUUAACCCGCUCAAGAUGGCUGUCCAGCGGGCUGAUACGGCCAUGGGGAAAUACCUCUCGGCCUGCGUCAAUAUGACCGACUCGGAGCGGGACUUUCGACGACACGCUGCUUUUACCGCGUACCGCCACGUCGAGGAGCACUUAAACUAUCACGCUAGUGCUCCGCAACUGAGAGAGCUCUACGAGCUGCGACAGUGGCCAUCUUUGCCCUCGGCCGAGCCGUUGGAGGUAUUCUUGACCGAAUAGAAAGAACAAGAGCGGACUAUGGUGACUAGAGCUUCGGGGUAUGUCGUCGUCACAUCUGCUCAAGGCCGGCCUUUCAAACACA